CGUGACCGGCAGCGAUUCUUAUGAAUAUCGCGGAUGUAAAGCAAAAAGAUAAAGCCUGUAAUAAGGCUUCCUUGGAAGAACCACUGGGAAGAACCUCUUUCCAGUUUGAAUAGAAAAACGUCAUUUUUUUUCUAAGUUCUGCUUUUUGAAGACUUUGUUGUCUCAUUGAUAUGAAUAUUGAUAUGGAGGUCACGGUAAAAACCCUUGAUUCGCAAACAAGAACCUUCAAUGUUUCCUUAGAAACCACGGUAAAAGAAUUCAAGACGAAAAUCGCAGAAGAAAUGAAAAUCCCUAUUGAAAAACAAAGAUUGAUAUUUCAAGGCAAAGUUUUGAGUGACGAGAAGCAACUGCAGGACUACAAGGUUAGCGGUUGUGUUGUACACUUGGUUGAAAGACAGCCUCCACGAACACGGUCCAAUGGCCAAAGCACUGAAACAACAACAGGAUCAACAUCCACAACCAGUAUGCCAGGGAAUAUUGCUGGUAUUAUGGGAGCCUUUGCCUUGCCCGUUGAUGUAAUGGGGGUGACACAGCAAAUUGUACAAGGAAUCGUUCAACAGAUUGGAGCAGAAAGUGCUCAAGCAAACAUUAGCACUACGUCCUCGGAUGAUGGAUCGUCAGUCAAUGUUCAUGUUAAUCUUUCAACUGUAAUGUCAAGGAAUGAUUGUCAAUCGAGGAUUGCUCCUGCAAGGGCUCAUCUCAACAAUGUUUCUAGAAUCAUACAACGCCUAGAGAAUGAUGGAUUGCCAUCAAGUAAUUAUAUAAAUGAAACAAAUUCUAACGCAGAAAAUGGAGUGCCAAGCAAUAGUGAAAAUUCUUUGGAAGAUUUGGCUAAUAUAUUGCAACAAGUUGUGCAAUUAAAUGAUGAAAUGAGGCCCCAUCUGAUACGUUACCAAGAACUGCUUCGUUCCCAUACAGACAGACAGCUUCAAGGUGCUGAUGAUCUGUUGCCAGAUUUAACAGCAGAGGUUAUGCACAGUCUUAGUCAUGCUUUUCAUGCAUUGUCUGACAUAACUACAAACUUUCGAGUACCAGAUCCACAGCUGAAUGUAUUACCCGCAAUGUCUCCCGUCCCUUUCUAUGUUGGUAAUGCUAGGAAUACAGCAUCAAGCAGUCAAUCACAGUCCAAUGGACCUGCUAAUAUUCAAACUGGUAUCCCAAUUGGACUGAGCCUUAGACCAGGGAAUAGUGGUUUGGGUAUGCGAAUGUUAAGGACCCCCAGACCUGGUUUUGGCCUUCGACCUGGAUCUAUGUUUAGACCGGGGCCAAUGUUUAGACCAGCAAAUGGAAUGGGGGUUGGAUUUGCCAAUCCUGCGCCAAUGACGUCAUCAACGUCUGCGCCAUUGACGUCAUCAACUCCCGUACCACUGACGUCAUCAACAUCUGUACCGGUGACGUCAUCAACUCCUUUACCUUCAUCAACAACAUCAAGGCCUGUCAGUAAUGCUGCUACCAAUCCACAGGUCAAUUCUCUGAUUGGUGCACCUGUGAACUUGCAAAACCUGCCUAAUUUUGCAAUUCAGAUCAACCCUGCCUCUGGCAACAUAACAAUUGCUCAUAUUGUCACGUCAAUUGUUGAAGAACCAAGCCUACGAGCUACGACUGUCACCACCAACAGUACGCCAUCUCCUCGUACAUCAUCACGUGGUUCACAACCAAUUCCACUUCUCAACACAAUUCCACUUGGUGAUUUUGGGGCAGUUUCUGCUCAAAACGUUCGCUUUUCCUCUCAAACUUCCUCCCAAAACACAGGUUCUGGCCUUGCCUUCGUUACUGACAGCCAACAAAACGUACCAUUAGACGCGACAAAUCAACCAACUACAGAAGGGAUUACGUCAGUAAAUCACACACCAAGUAACACCGCCAAUUCCACGCCUAGCAACAACGUUAAUCCUCCACACAACAACAGCCAUGCAGCUGCUGAUGCUCAAAGGAAUUCUGUACUCAACUUUCUGCCAAAUAAUGUCGAUCAUCGUGAUCCAUUGUUACCCUGCCAGAGUUUUCAUUUUGCCUCUCUUGUCCCCCGAAGUGGACAGGCCGCUCCAGUUGCUUCACAGAGAUCAGAGCAGGCUUCCCAGAACACGAAUCAAAAUACACCACACGCAACAAGCGGUCCAGUUAUAGAUUUUUCUGAUUUAAUCGUUAAUGAUCAACGACGCAACACAGAGCGACAAACUACAGAAAACGCGGGGAAUGACGAAAAUAUGCGAAACCCGUUUGUUCUAAUGCAACAACCAGUUACUGCUGAACCGACUCAUUCUUUUAUGUUCCAUGUGGCCGAAACGCUUGAUGAAAGACAACAAUUUAGAAGUUCAUCGGAAGACGAAGAUGUUACUAAUCGAGCUACUUUAUCUCGUUAUCUUCAACGCUUAUUUGCAACCAUUCCAAUGACACAACUCCUUAUGACAGUAAUGUCUGGAAGUGGUGAUCCAAUCGCGAUGUCAAGAUCUAUGACGAGGGAAUUUUUACGAAACGACAUUCUAGGCUCCGCAGAGCCAACACCUGAAAACCUUCAGAGGGCCACGGAAAAAAUUUUAGACGAAACGAAGGAGAUUUUGGAGUCGUUUUUUGCGUCUUGUAAUGUGAAGGAAAACAUCGAUGCACCUUCAACGUUGUUAUCAUAUCUUCGGCCGAAAAUUCGCAGGUUGCUGGAAUUGGUGAAUUCAACAGAACCGGAUUCUGUGUACACUUCGGAUAUGUCCGCUCUGCUGUCGAGAAUGGCCGCCGAAUUGUUUGUUUUGACAGAAUAUUGUUUAGAAGAUGGACGAACGGGUUUGCAAACAGCAAUGACACGUUAUUUGGUCUCAUCACAAACUCUGUCAAGUUUGCCAGAUCCCAGCAUGCAAGCAAUGAUAAUGCAGACCAUGUGGACUAGCAUGCAAGAUUUUCGUAAUGACAUUAGCGUUAGAGAAACGUCUCUCAUGCCUUUCGUCAUCAGAAAAGAGAAAAGAAAAUCUCAUGCAAAGAAAACUGAUUCUCCAACAAUGGAAAGGAACGCCCGUACGUCCAUGACAAGCUCAUCGUCAAGUUCAACUUCUUUCCAUGAUGCAUCUAACAAACCUCAUUCUUCCGGCCGAACCAAUCAUUCAGCCGAAGCUGAAUGUGUUUCCAUGGAAACUGAUGAAAAUUGGAAAAGAGUGAUUCCUGCAGAAUGGGUACCAGUUAUAUCUGAAGAUAUCAUACGUCAACAACGUGUUCCACAUCAGUCUCCAUUCAGCGAUGCUUAUCUUAAUGGAAUGCCACCUAAACGUAGAAAACUGUAUCAAACCAACGAACCAGCCCCUUAUAAUCAAUGCGUCUCGGCGACUUUGAAACGAUCUAUAACAAAAUCUGGAGUGACUCCUAGGAUUGAUGUCGACAAAGUGAGCAAAGAAGCAAAUAGCUCUCAAAGCUUGGAAAGAGUUUUUGAAGAUGAGGUUAGGAGUGAAGUUAGAAAACGUCUAGCUUCAGACACGGACUAUAACAGCGAGAAAUUUCCUGCUAUACAUAAAUACUUCGGAAAGAAUGAAAAACGCUAGUAUUUUAACAAUAUAGUAUUGAAAAUUGAUAGUUGUAUGUUUUUAGUGCGAAUAAUUCUUUUUCGUACUUUCAUGAUGAAAUUAAUAGAAUUAACUUUGCAAUUACAAUAUAAUUCUAAUAUAUUGUAUUAUCUAUUAAAUAAUAAACCUCACUAUAUAUGUGUAAAGCUUCCACAGUUUGUUGAUUGGAAUAUGUAAAUGAAUUUAACGACUUAUGCGAAUUAUAUAUUUUCUUUCGGGUUUUUCUCGAUAAUGAAA